AUGGGAUUGGAGACAAGGCCAAAGCAUGGAGCUGAGGCCUGCCCCGGAGACAGGCCUAGAGUGGAGGGAGCAGGGGUGGGGGCCACAGCUGAGGCCCUGGCUGCCUCUCCACUUCACCCAGGCUGCUCCGGACUCGAACGGCAUCCUCCGGGUCUCUCGGAAGCUGGCACCGGCACCGGCCUGGGCAACCCGCGAACACUGCGCGUGCACACACAGAACCCGUACAUGGCGAAAACUGCGCCUGCACACCGAGGUUGUCUCUGCAGCCCUGCUACUUCCUUUGUUGUCGAUGAAGUCAGUAGCAUCAUUAAAGAGGCCAUAGAAAGUGCGAUAGGUGGCAAUGCCUACCAGCACAGCAAGGUGAACCAGUGGACGACGAGCGUGGUGGAACAAACACUAAGCCAGCUCACAAAGCUGGGCAAGCCUUUCAAGUACAUUGUGACCUGUGUGAUUAUGCAAAAGAAUGGUGCUGGGCUACAUACAGCAAGCUCUUGCUUCUGGGACAACUCCAGUGAUGGAACCUGCACUGUGAGAUGGGAGAAUAAGACUAUGUACUGUAUUGUCAGUGCCUUUGGACUUGCAAUUUAAUUGCCUGGAAAUCAUUCAUCCUUCUCUUUUCUACUCCAGCACUUGAUUCCAUCUCUGCUCAAACUGUGAAUACGCUGAAAAACUUCUGAUCUUAAUGUACUUUUUAAGUAACCUUUUUCAAACGUAGAAAUGGGAAAACAUGCUGUUACAUGGUUUAUGUUUGUACGUAGUAUUGUACCAGUGUUACCAUGCUGUCUUAACACUUCAAGAACUUCUCUUCAAGGUGCUAUUACUGAAAUCUGCUGCAGUGUAAACACUUUCUAUAGAUUUCUUUUUUAAGACCAAUAUAAAUGAGACACCGACUUUCACACUUUGUACUCUUGGUUAGCAUUAAAUUAUUUAAAUUCAUA